CGGAGAAUAAAAACAUAUGACUGUACCAGACGCAAGAAAAGACCUCCUCGUGGUCAAUAUGGGUCCUCACCACCCGUCAAUGCAUGGUGUUCUUCGACUCAUUGUUACUCUAGAUGGCGAAGAUGUUAUCGACUGUGAACCCAUAUUGGGUUAUUUACACAGAGGAAUGGAAAAAAUUGCGGAAAACCGAACAAUUAUACAAUAUCUACCUUAUGUAACACGUUGGGAUUAUUUAGCUACUAUGUUCACGGAGGCAAUAACCGUUAAUGCACCUGAGGAAUUGGGAAAUAUUCAAGUACCUAAAAGAGCCAGCUAUAUUAGGGUAAUUAUGCUGGAGUUGAGUCGUAUAGCUUCGCAUUUGUUAUGGCUUGGACCUUUUAUGGCCGAUAUCGGUGCGCAGACUCCUUUCUUCUAUAUUUUCAGAGAGAGGGAAUUGUUAUAUGAUCUAUUCGAAGCUGCCACAGGUAUGCGAAUGAUGCAUAAUUAUUUCCGUAUCGGGGGGGUAGCUGCUGAUUUACCUCAUGGCUGGAUAGAUAAAUGUUUAGAUUUCUGCGAUUAUUUUUUAACGGGAGUUGUUGAAUAUCAAAAGCUUAUUACGCGCAAUCCCAUCUUUUUGGAACGAGUUGAAGGGGUAGGUUUUAUUGGGGGAGAGGAAGCCAUAAAUUGGGGUUUAUCAGGACCAAUGCUACGAGCUUCCGGAAUCCAAUGGGACCUUCGUAAAGUCGAUCGGUAUGAGUGUUAUGAUGAAUUCGAUUGGGAAGUCCAAUGGCAAAAAGAAGGAGACUCAUUAGCUCGUUAUUUAGUAAGAAUUGGCGAAAUGACGGAAUCCAUCAAAAUUAUUCAACAGGCUCUGGAAGGAAUUCCGGGGGGACCUUAUGAAAAUUUAGAAUUCCGACGCUUUGCUGGAACAAAAGAUUCAGAAUUGAACGACUUUGAAUAUCGAUUCAUUAGUAAAAAGCCUUCUCCCAGUUUUGAAUUGUCAAAACAAGAACUUUAUGUGAGAGUAGAAGCCCCAAAGGGAGAAUUAGGUAUUUUUCUGAUAGGAGAUAAUAGUGUUUUUCCUUGGAGAUGGAAAAUACGUCCACCCGGUUUCAUCAAUUUGCAAAUUCUUCCUCAGCUAGUUAAAAGAAUGAAAUUGGCUGAUAUUAUGACAAUACUAGGUAGUAUAGAUAUCAUUAUGGGAGAAGUUGAUCGUUGAAAUGAUAAUUGAAGAAGCACAAGCUAUCAAUUCUUUUUUCAGAUCGGAAUCCUCAAAAGAGGCCUAUGGGCUCAUAUGGUUACUUGUACCUAUUGUUACUCUUGUAUUGGGAAUCACAAUAGGGGUAUUAGUAAUUGUGUGGCUAGAAAGAAAAAUAUCUGCAGGGAUACAACGACGAAUUGGUCCUGAGUAUGCCGGCCCCCUGGGCAUUCUUCAAGCUCUAGCGGAUGGGGUCAAACUACUUUUCAAAGAAGAUCUUCUUCCAUCUAGAGGAGAUAUUCGUUUAUUUAGUGUCGGCCCAUCCGUAGCGGUCGUAUCAAUUCUACUGAGUUAUUCAGU